AUGGCGCAACCGGACAUCUCCUCCAUCCUCGCAGCAUUAGCGGCCCAAAAUCAAGCCGGCACGCCCCAAGCAGCCCCUGCGCAGCAUCCACCACCAGGCUACCCUUCAGUCGGCAUGCCACCUCAACCACAAAGCGUGCCCCCACAAGGAGCUCCGUACCUACCUCAACCAUCGAGCACCGGCAGUCUCGACCUUAGCGCAAUCAAGCCUGUCAACAGCGGCUCGGUCAGUAUAGCAGACGCGAUCGCCAAGGCGAAGAGUAUCGCGGCAAACAAAGGCAUCGACCCGUUCGAUCCUCGGUCAGGUGGGUCUUGGCCACAGUCGUCAGCGUACGAUCCUGGUGCAGGUAAUGGAGGACUGACUUAUGCAGCUCCGCCACGCGAAGAUCCGCGUAUGGCUGGCCGCUAUCGUGACAGGUCGCGCUCGCCACCACGACGUGAGGAGUACGGCUCAAACCCAUACCGUGACGACCGCCGCGAUGACAACCGCCGAGGUAGCUUCAGGAGGUCGCCCUCGCCGGACCAUGGCUUCCGCGGAUCACGCGAGCCCAAUAAUAACCGUGGAGGCGGCGAUGGCGAGACUGAGACUAUUCGUGUCAAGUCUGCGCUUGUCGGUUUGAUCAUUGGCCGCAAUGGCGAGAAUUUGCGCAAAGUCGAGUCUGAGACUGGUGCGCGUGUGCAAUUCAUCUCGCCAAAGGACACUCACCAGCAAGAGCGCCAGUGCACCAUCUCAGGCAGCGUUCGGUCUCGAGAAGCUGCCAAGGAUGCCAUCUUCAGCAUUGUCGAGGAGAAUGGUGGCCAGAAUGUGCCUCAGGAGAAAGGUGCCUACCACGCUGGGAUGGCUGGCCGCGCCAAAGUUAAUCUUCCCGAAUUACGCGAGGGCGAGAAGAGCAGCCAGAUCAUGGUACCAGACAAGACCGUUGGCUUGAUCAUUGGCCGCGGUGGCGAGACCAUCAAGCAUCUGCAAGAGCGCAGUGGAUGCCACGUCAACAUCGUCGGCGAGAACAAAAGCGUCAAUGGCUUACGUCCGAUCAACCUCAUCGGCAACGACCAGGCUACUGACCUGGCCAAACAACUGAUCCUGGAAAUCGUCGAAAGUGAUGCUCAGGGCACGUCUACUAACAAGACCUCCGCCAACCGUGACCGUGGCUACAAUAACGUUGAUCGUGGCAAUGGCCAAGCCGGUAGUGGUGGCGGCCGUGAUUACAUCGAGAAGACCAUCCACGUCCCUUCUGAAGCAGUCGGUAUGAUCAUCGGCAAAGGUGGUGAGACAAUCAAGGACAUGCAGCGCACCACCGGCUGCAAAAUCAACGUGAACCAGCCCAGUCGCCCAGACGUGACCCGCAAGAUCGACCUGGCCGGGUCCUCUCGCAGUAUGGCGGAGGCUGAACAAGUGAUCUGGGAGAAGGUUGAGACUGUACGUCAACGUGACAGUGCCGCUGGCCGUACGCAUCGUGACAGUCAACCGCCGCAGUCCUCGUCGGGUUAUGAUGGGUACUCACAGCAGCAGCAACAGCCGCCUGCGAUGAAUCCGUACGCGCAGUAUAUGCCGCAGGCGCAGGCCCCGUCUGCUCCGCCGCAGAUGCCUGCUUUCCAAAUGCCGGGCAUGCCUCAACAGUCUGGUGAUGGUCAAGCUGCUGAUCCCUACGCUGCUUAUGGUGGUCAGGCUGCUGUGUAUGCAUGGUAUCAGCAGCAAAUGGCCAAUAUGCAGCAGGGUGGUCAAGGUGGUCCUCCUGGUGGCCAGUGA